CCUUUGCUCUGGUCUGUACCACUACUUCAAGCUCCACGUCGCCAUGCAGCGCGAGGUGUCGCCCGCAUCGGUCGUCAGCACGGCAACUCGCCCCAAGAGCGUCUCAUCAGCUCGCGGUCCUCCUGCACCCGCACCGCGGCCCGCCUUUAAUCCAGUCGGUCUCGCCCUCAAGAAGUUGACGCUCGCCGGCGUCCUGUUCGUCGUCGUCUUCUUUGCGUGUGCGCUCUGGUUGUUCGGCAGCUUGUACGAGAAUUCGCACCACGUCCACAAAUUCGGCGUCGUCGUCGUCGACUUUGACGGUGGAUCAGUCGGAAACGCCCUCCUCGGCGCCGUCAACGCCGUCAACGGCCAGGACAGCCUACCGACCUUUCACAUCCUCGCCGCCAACUCGACCUCGCGCGACGAGGUGCUGCACAAGGUGUGGCAGGGGCGGUACUGGGGCAGCAUCAUCGCGACGGAGGGCGCUUCGAGUCGGUUCGAGGCGGCGGUCGCAUCCGCCGACGCAGCGUCGACGUACGACGCGGCGCAGGCCCUCGAGUACAGCGGGCUCGAGGUGCGCUACACGACGGCGUGGUCGGGCGCAGUCCUGCCCGCGCUCCUCCAGGUCUCGCAGACGGCGUCGGCCCGGUUCAGCGCGGCCGUCGUCGCGCCGCUCCUCGAGUCGGGCACGUCGUACUCGGCGGCGUCGGCUCAGGUCCUCGUGCGGCCCGUCGCGGCAACGUUCGUCAACCAGACGCCGUUCACGUACGGCACGCGCAUCGUCCUCAACACGAUCGCGUUCGUCCUGCCCUUCCUCCUCCAGUUCUUCUUCCUCCUCGCGUGGAACAACAUCUUCCUCGGCAUCGGCGUGUACCGCAACAUGUCGUUCGCGCGCCACCUCAAGUACCGCCUCGCCAUCUCGCUCGCGUGGACCCUCCUCACGAGCCUCAUGAGCACGACGUGGGGCGUCAUGUUCGACGAGGGCUACGACCUCGCCGCCAAGCAGUUCUUUGCGCUGUGGACGGUCCACUGGGUCUUCUCGAUGAUCACGUUCGACACGCUCGACAUCGUCACGACCUGGGUCCCGUUGCCGUUCGUCUCGUACUUUGUCGUUUCCCUCAUCGUCACAUCGGUUUCGGCCAUAAUAUGGCCCUACGAGCUCUCGAACGCCUUCUACCGGAUCCACGUCAUCUUUCCCUCGCACGCCGCGUGGUCCAUCAUCAUGACGAUCCUCGGCCGCGGUGCCGUCAACACGCUCAGCAGGGACGCUCCGAUCCUCGCGGCGUGGCUCGUCGUCCUCAAGGCGGGUGUCCUCCUGUCGCUGCGCCGCCGCGCCCGGCAGGGCUUGGUCCUCGUCGACGUCGAGGACAAGGCGCCGACGGGCGGUCAAGGAGGAGCGCCGCAAGGGCAGCUUGCCGUCGAGAAGGUGUGAGGGAUAGACGAGGGUCGAGCGGGAGGGAGAAGCGCUUGCCGGUCACGCUUGCAGCCUGCUCUCGAUCAGAGACUCGCCUCGUUCUGUCUUUGCGAGGGCGCGUGUAACAUAGGGUCUAUCAAACAGAGCGUGUGUGUGCACAGGAGGAACAGGAAAUGCGAGAGGAGGAAAGAGAGACAGACAGGUUCAUCUACGAGUCGCCGGCCCGCUGCGACGGCACCUUGCGCAUGCUGAGCGGCCCUCCGACGACGGGCAGCGCCCUCCCCGUGCCCGUCCCUCCUC